GUAUCUUGUUCACGUUUCUAUAACUAGCGGCUAACUUUGAUUAGGGUUUUAGGAUUUUGAAGAGAUGAAGGAGGAGAAGAUGAAGUUACUGUUCCCAGCUGAUAAUCCACCACUUUCAGUCAUCGCUGCUGCAAAAAUAUCUAACGUUGCUGUCUUAGCGGAUUCAAGUCUUCCUUCUGGUUCUAAUCCAUGUUUCGUCUUCUCUUCUUCUGGAUUGAAAUUGCAAGGGACUAAUGUACUGUUACGUUAUCUUGGUCGUGUAUCAUCGUUACCUAACUUUUAUGGACAAAAUGCAUUGGAAUCUGGCCAGAUUGACGAGUGGUUAGAGUAUAGCUGUGUCUUAUCAGUAGGUUCUGAAUUUGAGAAUGCAUGCAAGCAUGUGGAUAGUCAUCUGUCUGUGCGGACUUUCUUGGUUGAUCAUAAUUUGUCAGUUGCAGAUAUUGCAAUUUGGUCAGGUCUUGCAGGCAGUGGACAAAGAUGGGAGAGUUUAAGGAAGUCGGCAAAGAAGUACACGAAUUUAAUUCGCUGGUUCAAUUCGAUAGCAGAAGAGUUUAAGGAGUUGCUUGAUGAGGUUUUAUCAGCAUAUGUUGGGAAACGAGGGGUAGGGAAACCAGCUGUGAUCAAGGCAAAGGAAACAGAACAGAAUGUUAAGGCGACAAAUACAGAGACAAACGAUAAGGGGAAAGCUGUUAGUCGGGCUACUAUUGAAGUGGACCUUCCUGAUGCUAAAGUUGGAGAAGUAUGCUUACGAUUUGCCCCAGAGCCCAGCGGGUUUCUUCACAUUGGGCACGCGAAAGCAGCACUCCUCAACUUAUACUUUGCACAGAGAUAUAAUGGUCGAAUAAUUAUCCGUUUUGAUGACACAAAUCCUUCCAAAGAGAGCAAUGAGUUUGUGGAAAGUCUACUGAUUGACAUCAAGACCCUGGGUAUCAAAUGUGAUGUUGUUACCUACACAUCUGACUACUUCCCUCAGUUGAUGGACAUGGCUGAGAAGUUGAUACGUGAAGGUAAGGCAUACAUUGAUGAUACCCCACGAGAGCAGAUGAAGAUAGAAAGGAUGGAUGGAAUUGAAUCACAAUCUAGGAGUAAUACCCCAGAGAAAAAUAUGGAAUUAUGGAAGGAAAUGAUCGCAGGGUCAGAGAGGGGUCUCCAGUGCUGUCUUCGGGGUAAGUUAGAUAUGCAGGAUCCAAAUAAGGCACUCCGAGAUCCUGUUUAUUACCGUUGCAAUCCAGUUCCUCACCAUCGUAUUGGUAACAAGUAUAAGAUAUACCCAACAUAUGAUUUUGCAUGUCCAUUUGUCGAUGCAAUUGAAGGUAUUACACAUGCACUCCGUUCUAGUGAGUAUCAUGAUCGCAAUGCACUGUAUUACAGAAUUCUUGGGGACAUGGGACUACGGGGGGUUCAAAUUUAUGAGUUUAGCAGGUUGAAUAUGGUGUAUACGCUUCUUAGCAAGCGUAAACUUCUUUGGUUUGUUGUAAAUGGUAAGGUUGACGGAUGGGAUGAUCCUCGUUUCCCUACUGUGCAAGGAAUCGUACGUCGAGGCUUGAAAAUUGAGGCAUUAAUUCAAUUCAUUCUUGAACAGGGAGCAUCGAAAAAUCUCAAUCUCAUGGAGUGGGACAAACUCUGGACAAUUAACAAGAAAAUAAUUGAUCCUGUUUGUGCAAGACACACUGCUGUCCUUGAAGAACGCCGUGUGAUGCUGACCCUGAUUGAUGGACCUGAAAAACCAUUUGUCCGUAUAUUACCUCGGCAUAAGAAGUUUGAAGGCGCUGGUACCAAAGCCACAACGUACGCAAAGAGAAUUUGGUUGGACAAUGCUGAUGCUUCCCUUAGAACAGUAGGUGAGGAAAUCACACUGAUGGAUUGGGGAAAUGCAAUUAUCAAAGAAAUAGAGAAGGAUCAAGACGGGAUUGUCACAAACAUGACUGGAGUUCUUCACCUUGAGGGAUCUGUUAAGACCACCAAGCUGAAACUUACGUGGCUAGCUGAAAUGGACGAGCUCGUGAAUCUGUCAUUGGUCGAGUUGGACUAUCUCAUCACAAAGAAGAAGCUAGAAGAAAAUGAAGAUUUCAUCGAUGUGCUAAAUCCUUGCACAAAGAAGGAGAUUCCAGCGAUUGGAGAUUCCAACAUUCGUAAUCUGAAGCAAGGAGAGAUAAUACAACUGGAGAGGAAGGGAUAUUUUCGAUGUGAUGUUCCUUUUAUUAGACCCUCCAAGCCUGUAGUUCUGAUUGCAAUUCCAGAUGGUAGACAACAGAAGUAAACCUUGUGAGGUAGAAAUGUGGUCAUGGAUUAAUGAGAUUUGUCAACCAGGCUGUUUUAUCAGUUUUACUUUCUUUCUUUUGUCCGUUUUCAAUUAAACUAGUGAUUUACUGUGAAACCCGUUAUAGGGGCUGAAGGAUUUAUUAGAGGUACUGAAACAUGAUAAUAAUGUCCCUCUAGUUGGUUAAGGGGUAUUCUAUUGGUAUAGCAAAAUGACUAGAUUACCCUUUUCACCUUAAAUGGACUAAUUUACCCUUA